AUGGGCAUAGACGAUGAGAACGUCGUGAUGGAUGCACCUUUCCUGAGCAGGACGAACGUCAUGAAGCGACGUUCCGCCGUUGACGCCGCGUCGGGUCGUCUGUUCAGCCCACGCAACCCUGCCACCCAGCGCCCUCGCGCUCAUCCCCUCGACGGUUCACAUCCGCCCCUUCCUCGUGCUGCGUCGCCGCCAAAACCCCGCGCACGCUCACCCCUAUGCACGCUCGCGCCCAGAAUCCUCGUGCUCGUGCUCUCUGCUGUCGAUGUUCCCGCUGUCGAAGUCACCAUCUCCAACGGUGUCGACGCCAACCCCUUCGACAUCACUGCCCCCGCCUCCGCCAGGGAACACGAUGUCCUCGUCGAGUUUCUCACCCUCCUUGCCGUCUGCUACACCGUCAUCCCCGAACUUCAGGACGGCAAGAUGCAGCGGCGGAGGACAAUGAUGAACACAAGCAAUGGCAGCGACAGAGAAUGGGCAUAG